AUGCUGAACAAUAAUUUGUCAGAACACGAAGACAAGAAGGCUCUUCGAACGAAAGUUCAACAAGGCUGCAUCAGAGCUGCAGGCCAGUGGGCCGAGGAAAUGUUGACACACAUCUUCAUUCACAGUUGCAUAACAAUCCGUCUACAGGUUCCGGUGAAGCUGACUUAUGAAUUGAUUUCACACGUCUAUUCAAGCGAAACGAAGGCUCUUCUUGCGACGAGAUCAACUAGGUGGCCAAACAAAAUAGCGAAGAAGCAUGGGAAGAUGUACCAACUUAACGGUCCGCUGCAUUGUGAGCCUGGUUACACAGGAAUCCGAUGCAACAUGUUCAAUUUGCCGGAGACUAUGGCAACGCUACAGAACUACAAGGGCCGCGAAGUAGACCUGAAGGAUCUCGAACGAGAGAUGGCGGGCAAGAUUUUCAGCAUUGUGGAAGCGGUCGCGUAA